AUGAAUGCAAAUAAUGGCUCUUCGCCGGCGCCCUUGUCUGCACAGCCACAGCCGCCAUCAGUAGAUUCUCUUUCAUCUUGGGAUACGAAUAGUGCUUCUACUGCCAAUCCAGCGUCAACCUCGGCGACCAGUCAGUCGUGGGACGAGGCCACUUCAGGACAUGGGAUGAAUCAUGUCGCGUCCGACUUGGACUUUGCGUUGGUCUGGCCUGAUUCAGAGAAUCUGUUCCAGAGCCUCAUGUCCUCGGACACCACGGAUCACUGGCAGAUGCCUCUUGGGACAUUGCCCUUUCCACCUGUCGUGCAGGAUAUCAAUGGAAUGAACUUUGGUUCUCCUAGUUCCUUUGAUGAUAGGAGCUCUUCCGUUGGUACAAUACCGUCCGGGGGUGGACACCAGGCGUCAUCGAGCGUCACUGCCGCUGUUAAGGCUACAUCCAUCACAUCGGUCUUCCUUGACGAAUGCCUCCACAUGUUCUUCGUCCGCUUCAUUCCCACUUUUCCGAUCCUGCACCGCGCUACAUUCGUCUUUCGAGAAUGUACUCAUGCACUUCUACUUAACGCUAUCGCCAUUGGAUCUUUAUAUCUCGGCCCCAAGGACUCAGUUGCCAAAGGCGAAGCAUUGUGGCGUUUGGCACAUACCGCCGUUGCAACAUCUUGGCAGUCGCUGAUCACGCAUAGUGGUCCCUAUGACGCCUGCAAGGGCGUCCAGCUAAUGAUCACGGCUCUACUGGGUCAGGUCUAUGGAGCAUUGUCCAAGAACAGGGCAAUCCGAACCACUAGCCAAGUCUUCCGCCCAUUGGGCUUCUUCUGGGCAAGACACUGCGGCAUGUACGACAGCCCUCCUUACUCCAUGGACAAUCUGCCACCUGUGGAUGCUCCUAUGGCAGAGAAAGAACACCAGUGGCGGAUUUGGUCUGCUCGCGAGAUCCAACAACGCUCUCUGCUAGCCUACUAUGUCUUAGACGGUCUGGUCGCUCAAAUGUCGGGUGAUGGAGCUUCCGCUAGGCAUGUUGCCAAUUCGCUAAGUCUCCCCAGCAGCGAAGAGGCCUUCGAUGCCGCCACUGCUGAUGAAUGGCUGGCUCACCUGCACGCCCAGACGCCCGACCAGACCUCGUUUAGAGUGAUCUUCCGCUCGUUGUUCCCACCAGUCGGCAGCUUCCGCCCCCUUGACUACCACUUCUCUGCCUUUGCGUUGCGGGUGGUUCUCGAAGGACUUCAGUCUUUGAUCUCAGACGGUGAUGAUAAUGAACUCGCUCUUGGUGUACCCGGCCAAUCCGAUGUCCGGCGCGCCCUCGCCCAAGUCCACGAAACAAUCUCCAUGAGCAUCCACUUCACAGCCGCCGAGAGACUCGAACUGCUUUUGCGCUGGCACACUGUUUGCCUAGACACGAUGAUCAACUCGACCGUGCUAUCCCGGCAUGUCUGCUCCCAGUACAAUAUCCCGCAACACGUUUCAGGUGACUGCCGGACGGUCCACCCGGGCUUCGAUCUAGCACAAUGGGCAAAUUCGGAAGAUGCGCGCCGAGCCGUGCUUCACGCCGUCGCCAUACAAGAUAUUGUCGAACAACUACCACGAGGCCGCGCCCACGUGGUACACAUGCCCAGCUCAUUGUUCGCAGCCGCCACAAUCUACGUGGUGCUGUCGCUCGCCAGCGUUGCCACCGUGAACCUACCUCGCAAUAUCGUGUGGCAGGAAGCCUUGCUAUCUCAUGCCGACCUUAACGUGGGUCCGGAGGAUAUGCGGCCCCGGUCUGGUUCGGAGACGAGGCGGUUCGUUGAGAGUGACCAUGGCGCUGAGGUGCUUGCGACUGGAGCUAGAAGGAACCUGCUUUAUGAGCUGAAUUCUAUGCAGAAGCUUUUCCGUUGCUUGUCUUCACAUUGA